GCCAGCAACAGGUGGAUGCGGAAGUUGUGUGAACUUUCAUGACUUUUGGAAGUUUUAAAUUGCUGUUUUCUACACAAUUAUGAUGUAUUUGGCGCCGAUUUUCCUCUCAUGACAUCUUCUUGAUAUUUCUCUUUUAAACGACUUGACAGCCACAUUGUUCCAAGUUCACCAUGGGCUCGUUUGGCAGCAAAAUAUUGAAGAGGCUCGGUGGAGCCAAGAAAGAAAUGCGUACAUUGAUGGUUGGACUAGACGCAGCUGGAAAAACGACCAUUCUGUACAAACUAAAACUAGGUGAAAUAGUUACUACAAUCCCAACUAUUGGAUUCAACGUAGAGACAGUUAAAUACAAAAAUUUAAGUUUCACUGUUUGGGAUGUCGGCGGUCAGGAUAAGAUCCGUCCCCUAUGGAGGCAUUAUUAUCCAGGGACUCUAGCGCUGAUAUUUGUAGUUGAUACUAGCGAUCAUGAACGAAUCGAGGAAUCGCGUCAAGAACUUCACAACAUUCUCCAAGAGGACGAUUUACGCGACGCUGUGGUGCUGGUUUUCGCCAACAAGCAGGAUCUACCUAACGCCAUGAAUACAGCUGAAGUCACUGAUAAACUCAACUUACAUUCCAUCUCGAAACAUGUCUGGUACAUUCAAGGCUCUUGUGCCACCACUGGUGAUGGGCUUUAUGAAGGACUAGAUUGGCUCUCAAAAACACUGAAGAGAAAGUGAUUUUUUUUCCUUUCUGAUUUUAGUAGACCAGCACCUGUUAUAUAGUGAUUGCUUUGGCAUUAUUCAUUGGCAGAUACCAUUGUUUUUAGUGACAGUGCUCUGCCAAGCUUUGCCUCGGGUAAAAUUUGACACAAUUACAUGUGUGUCCAGCUUAGAAAAACUAUCCGACACAUAUCUAAUUUGUUUGUCUGACAUGAUUUUCGAGAUUGAGCAUAAAAGACUCAUGUUUUUUUCAUGUGACCUAUGUUCUAUUCAAAAUGUAAGUCUGGUGAUGAGCCACAUUCCAUGUAGUCUAUGUUUUAAAUCUUCCAAGUACUGGUACCUAGUAUUUAGUACAUCUAUCUACCAGUUCUUUCUAUGUAUUAUAAUAUGUGAUAUUUGUAACUGUAAGCUUUGUCAUACAUGUAUGAUGUUUUAACUCUUCCAAGUACUGGCACUAAGGUAAAAUUGUACAAUCAUAGUCCUGAUGCAAUGCUUUACUGCACUGCCCACUGUAUUCUACACUGAAGCGGCUAUGGUUGUACUGAAAAAUACCUUCCUUUAUCCUGUGAGUACUGGAAAAACAAAUUUAGGGAAAUCCCUGCAUCUCAGCAGAUUGUUAAUCAUCAUUUUAUAACUUAAAACUGUAAUAAUUUUUGUAAAUAUUUGUGAUAAGCGUGAGAAAGAAUCUAUUUUCUUAUAAGAUAUUGAUAUUUAUAUACCAGCUGUUUUGUACUUAUGUAGGAUAUUGCUAAGCUUAAAGAACCAGAAGGUAUUCAUGAAAUGAGGUUUGCGCCAAACAACCAUAUCGAUGAGGACUAAUAUCAUCAGUCCAGAAGUUCACAACAGAAACCGUGACAGAAAUUAUCUUGUUUUUUAUUUGACAAGUUGAGGGUUCAACUCCAAUACAUAAAUAUUCGGCCACCUCCAUGAUAUUACCUAGAAUGCUGAGCUUUCACUGCAUGGGCAGACAGUCCUAGUUUUACUCUGGUUGAAUAUACAUCAUGAUUUGACUGAAAAUGUCUUUAGAUAUUUAGAGUGUGGCGUGCACAAAACUAAAAUUUUAAAUGAUUUGUUGAUAAAUGAUUUAGAUUUCACAGUAA